CGCCCGGCCGGUAGCCGCUCGCGGAUCUGGAAGACCACGGAGGUUACAGAAAGUCCGUCGUCAUGAACAGGAAGCGGUCGGGUCUGGGCCGUUGCAGGCAUUUCUUUUGGCUGGGCGUCGUCUUCGACACGGUGGGGGUGGCGAUGCUGUUCGUCGGCAUCUUCACCGAGCUGAUCUUCUACGACAUGCUGCUCUACAUGGGCUCCAUCAUCAUCUUCCUGAGCCUGCUCUGGUGGGUCUCCUGGUACACCAGCAACAUCGAGCUGCUUCCCGAAGAGACCCUCAGGCUGACCUCCCAGCUGGCCUCCAGCAACAUGGUGAGCGCCCUGCAGCAGAGCGUCAGCCACCGCUUCUCUUGGUCCAUGCGGACCCUCUCCAACAGCUUUCUGCGGAUCCGGCGACAGCGACAGCGGCGGCGCUCCUGGAGGGUCCUCCAGAGGACGGCUGCCCCGGCGAUGACCAGUACCGGCCAGCUCGAACAGCAGCAAGAGCAAGAAGUCGAAGGUGACAGGAACAGCGACUACUGCCAGGCCUUUUGCCAAGGGACUCAGAGCAGCACGCCUGAAGACGAGGGAAGUUCAGAGUCCUUUGGACCCCCAAGCCCUGACUCAGGUCCACCAUGGUUUGAUCGGCAACCCUUGCCUCAUCUGGUCUCGCCCGUUCUCCCUCUGUCCACUCUGGACCAGCCUUUGCCUUCUGCUGUUUCAUUCUCUAAGAGUCUGCCUGUAGUUCCCUUGGUUUCUUCCACUCAGAAUCCAGCCUUCUCUACUUAUAGGAACCAUCCUGUAAUUUCUGUGGCCUCACAGAGCCACCUCCAGGUCCCCGUGACCUCUGAAAGCCCACCUGUGUUGCUGGCAGCCUCUCGGAGCUGCCUCCACAUCCCUGGGGCCUCUCAGACCCCCUGUCUGGCUCCUAUGGACUCUCAGAGCCAUCCUCUGGCACCUGUAGCCUCUCAGAGCCACACCCUGUUACCUGCGGCCUCACAGAGCCACCUCCAGGUCCCUGUGACCUCUGAAAGCCAGCCUGUGUUGCUGGCAGCCUCUCAGAGUUGCCUCCACAUCCCUGGGGCCUCUCAAACCCCCUGUCUGGCUCCUAUGGACUCUCAGAGCCAUCCUCUGGCACCUGUAGCCUCUCAGAGCCACACCCUGUUACCUGCGGCCUCACAGAGCCACCUCCAGGUCCCUGUGACCUCUGAAAGCCAGCCUGUGUUGCUGGCAGCCUCUCAGAGUUGCCUCCACAUCCCUGGGGCCUCUCAAACCCCCUGUCUGGCUCCUAUGGACUCUCAGAGCCAUCCUCUGGCACCUGUAGCCUCUCAGAGCCACACCCUGUUACCUGCGGCCUCACAGAGCCACCUCCAGGUCCCUGUGACCUCUGAAAGCCAGCCUGUGUUGCUGGCAGCCUCUCAGAGUUGCCUCCACAUCCCUGGGGCCUCUCAAACCCCCUGUCUGGCUCCUAUGGACUCUCAGAGCCAUCCUCUGGCACCUGUAGCCUCUCAGAGCCACACCCUGUUACCUGCGGCCUCACGGAGCCACCUCCAGGUCCCUGUGACCUCUAAAAGCCAGCCUCUGCCUUCUGCAGCCUCUCAGUGCCAUCUCCGGGUCCCUGUGUCCUCUCAGAGCCAACCUGUGGUGCCUGUGGCCUCACAGAGGCAGCUCCGGAAUUUUCCUCUGGUCUCCGGACCUCAGCCUCCACCUGUUCAGGCUUCUGGAACCCAGGCUGUGGGCACCCAGGUUCCUGUGGUGCAGCAUCUGUCUGACCAGGCUUUUCAGACUGUAGACCCAGCAGAUUCAGAGACUGGGCAGGCCCUGCUUCCGCCUCCCCAGGCCACUGAGAGCACCUCUUUAGUGCAGGAGAUUUCUCUACGUCAGGCUGCACCUGUCCUGGAGGCACCUAAGGAGCCACUUGCACAGGUUUCUGAGACCACCCCACUACCAGGACAGUGCCAUGACACCGUGUCACCUGUCUCUGAGGCUGCACCUCCAGCCACUCCGGUGCAACCAUUCGUCCCCACUGAGACCACUCCAGCCUCAGAGCCCAAGAAGAAAAGUCAUUUUGUCUAGCGAGGACCAGACAGCAGCCAUCUGCCAAGAUUUAUUUAUUUGAAAUAGUGACAGAGAAAGAAGGAGAGACAGAGAUCUUCGAUCUGCUGAUUUACUCCCCAGAUUGCCACAACAGCCAGGGCUGGGCCAGGAUGAAGCCAGGAGUUCCUUUCAGCGCUCUCACAUGGGUGUCGGGACCCAAGCACUUGGGCCAUCCUCUGCUGCUUUCCCAGGCACAUUGGCAGGGAGCUGGACCAGAAGAGGAGCAGCCAGCCUUGAACUGGUACUCACGUGAGAUGCUGAAGUCCAGAGAGCCCAGAAUUCCAUCCAGGUCUCCUACAUGUGUGGUAGCAGCCCAAGGACUUGGGCCAUUUUCUGCUACUUUCCCAGGUGCAUUAACAGGGAGCUGAAUCUUAAGUAGAGCAGCCAGGACUUGCCUGGGACCUCCAGUAUGGGAUACUGAUACAGGAGUGGCUGCCUACCUAACCUGCCUGCUAUGCCACAAUGCCAGCCCCCAAAUUAAAGCUGUUAGUAACCUCUUUCUUUCUUUCUGUUUUUUUUUUUUUUAAUUAUAUUGCUUAUUUAUUUGAGAGGUAGAGUUACAGUCAGAGAGAGGGACAGAUAGAAAGGUCUUCCAUCUUCCGGUUCACUCCCCAGAUGGCUGCAAUGGCUGGAGCUGGGCCAAUCCGAAGCCAGGAGCCGGGAGCCAGGAGCUUCUUCCCAGUUUCCUUUGCAGGUGCAGGGGCCCAAGCACUUGGCCAUCCUCUACUGCUUUCCCAGGCCAUAGCAGAGAGCUGGAUCAGAAGAGUAGCAGCUGGGACAUGAACAGGCACCCAUAUGGGAUACCUGUAAUCAGGCAGAGGCUUAGCCUACAAUACCACAGUGCCAACCCCUCCUUUUCUUGUUUUUAGGAUUUGUUUAUUUACUUGAAAGGCAGAGUUGCAGGGGGUAAGGGUAGGGGUGUACAGAGAGAGCCAGAGAUCUUCCAUCUGGUAGUUCACUCCCCAAAUGUCUAUAAUGGCCAGGGCUGGGCCAGGCAAAGCCAGGAUCUGGGAACUAAAAUCUAGGUUUCCCAUAUGGGUAACAGGGGCCCAGGCAUUUGGGAUGUCCCCUGCUGCUUUCCCAGACACAUUAGCAGGGAGCUGGAUUGGAAGUGAAGCUGCUGGGGCAUAUGAGAUGCCGGCAUUGCAGGGGUGGCUUAAGCCACUUGGUCACAUUGCCGGCCCUCCGCCUUCUUCUUGAGGCUGUUAGUUGUAAUUUAUGCUGUAAUACUCUAGAUCCACCCACGGGUUACUCUAUUUAAUAUUCAACUGGCAGAGAGGAAAUAAGAAUGAGCAAC